GGGCGGCUCGCUAGGGACGGCCUCCCGGCCCCCGACAGUCACGAGUGGGUUCCGGCCCGGCAUCCAGGAGACGGCGAGCGCCCGUGUUGGAAAACAUCAAGUCUUUGAAUUUGAGUGCAGUUGCCAGCUCAUCCGGCAGGAUUUGUGCGUGGUCUGGUCUAGGCAGGAUGGCGGAAUUGUGAUCUGUGGAGCGGAAGGCCCUGGCAUCUCCGAGCACCAUGAAUGCCAUCGUCGCUCUGUGCCACUUCUGCGAGCUCCAUGGCCCCCGCACCCUCUUCUGCACCGAAGUUCUACACGCUCCCCUGCCCCAGGGUGCUGGAAGCGGGGACAGUCCUGGCCAGGUUGAGCAGGCUGAGGAAGAAGAGGGUGGCAUCCAGAUGAGCAGCCGGGUCCGUGCCCACAGCCCAGCCGAGGGUGCCAGCACCGAGUCCAGCAGCCCCGGGCCCAAGAAAUCGGACAUGUGUGAGGGCUGCCGAUCACUUGCUGUAGGGCACCCGGGCUAUAUCAGUCAUGAUAAGGAGACCUCUAUUAAGUACGUCAGUCACCAGCACCCCAACCACCCCCAGCUCUUCAGCAUUGUCCGCCAGGCCUGUGUCCGGAGCCUGAGCUGUGAGGUGUGCCCUGGUCGCGAAGGCCCUAUCUUCUUUGGGGAUGAACAGCAUGGCUUUGUGUUCAGCCACACCUUCUUCAUCAAAGACAGCCUGGCCAGAGGCUUCCAGCGCUGGUACAGCAUCAUCGCCAUCAUGAUGGAUCGAAUCUACCUCAUCAACUCCUGGCCCUUCCUCCUGGGGAAGAUCCGCGGGAUCAUCAAUGAGCUCCAGGGCAAGGCCCUCAAGGUGUUUGAGGCAGAGCAGUUUGGAUGUCCACAGCGUGCCCAGAGGAUGAACACAGCCUUCACACCCUUCCUGCACCAGAGGAACGGCAACGCAGCCCGCUCCCUGACCUCCUUGACCAGUGACGACAACUUGUGGGCGUGUCUGCACACUUCCUUUGCCUGGCUCCUGAAGGCGUGUGGUAGCCGACUGACAGAAAAGCUGUUGGAGGGUGCACCCACAGAAGACACCCUGGUCCAGAUGGAGAAGCUUGCUGACUUAGAGGAAGAAUCAGAAAGCUGGGACAAUUCUGAGGCUGAAGAGGAGGAGAAGGCUGCUGUUAGGCCCGAGGGGGCCGAAGGGCGUGAGCUGCCCCCCUGCCCGGCGGCGGAGUCAUCCUUCCUCUCAGCCUGUGGGAGCUGGCAGCCCCCAAAGCUUUCUGUCUUCAAGUCCCUCCGACACAUGAGACAGGUCUUGGGGGCCUCCUCUUUUCGUAUGUUGGCCUGGCAUGUCCUCAUGGGAAAUCAGGUGAUCUGGAAAAGCAGAGAUGUGCACCUCGUCCAUUCCGCAUUUGAAGUCCUCCGGACCAUGCUGCCUGUCGGCUGUGUCCGAAUCAUCCCUUACAGCAGCCAGUACGAGGAGGCCUAUCGCUGCAACUUCCUGGGGCUCAGCCCUCCCGUGCCUAUCCCCGCUCAUGUGCUGGCCUCGGAGUUUGCCGUAGUUGUGGAGGUCCACACGGCCACACGCUCAAACCUCCACCCAGCUGGAUGCGAGGACGACCCGUCCCUCAGCAAGUACGAGUUUGUGGUGACCAGUGGGAGCCCUGUGGCCGCAGACAGAGUUGGGCCCACCAUCCUGAAUAAGAUUGAAGCAGCCCUGACCAACCAGAACCUGUCUGUGGACGUGGUGGACCAGUGCCUCAUCUGUCUCAAGGAAGAGUGGAUGAACAAAGUGAAAGUCCUCUUUAAAUUCACCAAGGUGGACAGUCGCCCCAAGGAGGACACGCAGAAGCUCCUGAGCGUCCUCGGCGCCUCAGAGGAAGACAACGUCAAGCUGCUCAAGUUCUGGAUGACCGGCCUGAGCAAAACCUACAAGUCACACCUCAUGUCCACAGUCCGCAGCCCCACUGCCUCUGAGUCACGGAACUGACUCUGAGAACACCCGGGAGGAGGCGCUCGUCCCAGAUCUGUGGGAGAGACUGCGCUCGGUGAAGCCCUGUUUGAGGAGUGAAGACUUCUGGGCUAGGCUCUGUCCUCUCCGUGAGGCUCUGUGUUAUCCCAUAGCUACCGAAAUGUAGGGGAGACAGAGACGGUGGUCCCUCUGCAUCACACUGCCCCGUCAGGGAUUGUCAAGACGUGCUUUGUGCCUCUUGAGGACAGAGACUCAGAACUGACUGGGGUGGAUCAUGUCAGCCUGACUCGGAGGUCUUCCUGAUGCAUGCGUCCACUCGGGGUUAGGAGCAGGCCUUCCCACUGUGGAGGCCAGCAAGCAUCCUGCAUCGUUUGUGUUUGCUGGGUUGUGGAAUUCUCGGGUCAUGUGCCCACCAUGGCAUCUGGUCAGCUUGCCAGCUUGUGGAUACAUCGAAACCAUGGCUGUUCUUUUUGUUUUUUUGUUUUAAUUUUGUUAUUUUUGAGUCAGGGUCUUAUUCUGUAUCCCAGCCUGGUUUAGAACUCACAGUGUGGCCUGUGCUGGUUUUACACUUGUAGCAAUCCUCCUGUUUCAGCUUCCCAAGUGCUGGGAUUACAGAACUGAGCCACCAGGACUUCACAUUGCUCUCUUUACUGCUGCUGCUGCAGCUGCAGCAUUAACCAGUGAUUGCAGAAUAUGGUGGUCUUAAGACAGAUGGUCUCCCACCAAUGCAGUUUUAAUAAGGAUGCCGCUUGGAAGAGUGUUCCCCAGUUUGUUUUUAUAGUAUUUUUGGUGUUUAUGUAUAUUUAACAUGAAGACUAAGCUUAUGUGUCUUGGUCUCUGUAUCACUGAAACAUAAUAAAUCUGUAUUUUUUUAAACUGCUGACUACCAA